AUGGUGGACACCAGCGCCCUGGGCGAGGAGCGCAGCCGGUUUUUGUCCGAGCACAUGAACCCAGUGUUGCACGACCUGGUCACCGACAUCAUCUGUCACCAACCCAGCGAACCCCUGAAGUUUAUGCAGGCGUGGCUGCAGAAGCGCCUGGGCAGGCCCUCCGAUUUCGCGAUCGACAUGCAGCGGCUGAAGACCGUAGCGAGGGACAAACAGGUCGAGGCGCUGAAGCAGGAGAACAAAACACUGCACGCAACUUUGCAGAACAUGGGACAACGAGUGCAGGAAUGUUCGGACUUUGUGAACGCGCCGGAGAAAUCCGCAGCGGAGAUCGUGGAAGGAGAGGAGAAAGCUGAGGUUGAAGAGGAGGGAGAGGAGGAAGAAUAUUUGGAUGAUAGCCAGGUGCCCGUUCCAAGGAAGCGAGGAAUGGCGAUCAGCGCGGAAACGUAUGUUUUUUUCUCGCUUUUGUUGAUUUACGCUUAGUAGAGAUGCAAGGACUGCAGCUCCUUCUUCAAGACAAAAACGCAAUUUCUAUGGCAAACAAAACUUGUCAGGUUCGGUGAUGCCAAUCCAAGAACAGCCAUAGUCCCGCCCGUGCACCCGAAAACUGAUGACGAAAGGCUUCGGCUACUUCAGGUACGAAUGAUUUCCGAUUUUUUUUUAAUCCUGCAAACCGUGAUCUAUCUUCCGCAUGAAAAUAAAUAUGUUGAAGCGAGCUACUUAUAGUUAUUCAGACGGCAUGACAUCAAGCAAAAGCACUCGGUUUUUACCAAGUCGUAUCGGAUGAAAAACUACAGACCCUCGAGCAAUCUUUCCUGUGGAAUGGAUGCGCAGACGCGGUUAAAGAAAUCCUUUUAAAUGCCCUCGAGCCCGUCGCGGCCUCCAAAGGCCGCAGGGUCGUCGAGGAGAACGAAGAGGCGGACUGCAUGUACGUGGUCGAUAGCGGCAAGCUGGAAUGCUUCAAGGUGCUCGAGGGCAACCCGGACGAGCAGCUGGUGCGCACAUUGGAGCCCGGCUUGAUUCUCGGCGAAAACUGCCUGACCGAUAUGGCGCAGCGACGGGCGGUGGCGGUGGUCGCCGCGGAAGACUCGGUCUUGUACAAACUCGAGCGAACGGUCUGGCGCGCCGUGCAACAGGACCACGCGCUGCGGCAGAGGACCCAGCUACAAAAGCAUUUGCGCCGGAUUCCGAUGUUUUUCUCAUUAACCGAGGCGGAAAUCUCCCAGCUCGUCGACGCACUGAAACUCCAGCACUUCGAGGAGAUGGCGAAGGUCACCGAGCAGAAACAGCCCGGAGACUGCCUGUAUUUGGUCGCGAGUGGGUCCUUGUCUGUGAUCGAAAACGGGGUGGAGACCACAACCUACACCAUCGGCGACUAUUGGGGCGAGCUGGCGUUAGUGUUCGACCACCCGCGCCCCGCGACGGUAAAAGUACUCUCAGAAACAGCAAGCUGCUACUGUUUGAGCAGGGAAAAUUUCAAUGCCUUAAUAGGGCCGAUGCCACUGGUCUUGGCAAGGAAUCUUGUACUGCAGGAGUUUCCCUGA